GCAGAAUGUCCAUCAGGGAGAAAAGGAAGAAAGCAGGAUAAAUUAGGUCCAAACUUAGGGACCUUAAGGAUCUGGCUUGGCACGGCUGCCAGAGAGGAAAAUGAGCGUGGGUUACGUACUGUCAGUGUUUGUGAGGGAGCUGCCUGGUUAUGUUCUCUUUGCUGGGAUCUUUAUGCCUGUGACUUUACUCCUGCUGCUGCUAAUUGCCUACUUCAGGAUCAAACUAAGAGAAGUAGAGGAGGAAAUGGCCACGGCACAAGACUCCAGGAACACCUUCCUGAAUCACCGUGGCCAGUGGAAGAAACUCAGGAGAUCCGGACAAAAAGACAACAGAUACAAGAACUCAAGGACGUUUAAGGGAGCUUCACGUCUCAGGAAGCAAGCUUAAGCCCAGCACUGAGUGCUGCAGGUUUAACCAUAACUGGCUGUAAAUAAAUACCACACAGGAAAAGAAAACUGGAGAGGAGAAGCCAGUGCUGUGCCAUCCUAAUGAAACAGCUGCCGCCAUCCAGAGUCCUUGCAAGUGCUAAACUGUGCAGAGACCACAGCCUCCUGCCAUGACCUGCACUGGUUCCCCUGUGUGACACAGGAUUUGGGGACAGGGACAAUGCCCUGCUCACCAGCCCCUCCCUGGCCUGCCAAGGAGAAAGCAACAUAACCAGCUCCUGGGAGAGCUGAGCUGGCACAAACAAGGCAGGCGGCCUUUAUGAAAUCGAGAUGUAUAAAUAGCAAGUUGAUACCAAGCACUGACAUCUGGGAAAUUGAAAAGGGUUUUGAAGGGGAACUGACAUCUAUUAGCUUGUACACUUUGGGAAAGAUUGUGGGUUUUGUAAAGUAUCCUUUCCACAGAAUUUGGAAGCAAAAUGUAACAGUAGCAGGAAACAAAACGAUUUCUCUCUGCUGACUGAAAAUGCCAAAUUUUGAGAUUAAUGGAAAGAUUCAGUCAGUAUUCUGUAAAACAGCUAUUAUUCUCCUUCAAGGACAAAUGGAUGACUUUUUUUUUUUUUUUGACACACAUUUCUUUUAAAAAAUCUUCCCCCCUGCUCCCCUGUAGCUGUAGAUGUACAGUUUUCAGUGCAUCUCAGAUUGCCUGUGGCAGAUGGCCUGCAAAAAUCCAACUCGUUUGCAAGUACCACCGGCUUUUAGCUACUCUGAUUCUGACUCAAGUUUAAACCCAAACCGGCAAGGAAUGAGAAGUGACUAUCAUUACUGUCCUCAGUGUUUACUGUCCUUGUCUGCAAUUACCUUUCAUUAAAGCUGUUUGUCAUUAUCCAUCCUUCAAGAAGAGAGCGGAUAAUGCCUUGUCUGA